GUGACCGAUUCCCUUAGCGAGAAACCUGGUUUGAUUCUUUUAUUGUAUCGUUGAUUCUAAUCUAGUCAUGUCUUUAGAGGGAGAUAGAAAAAAUUUAGGGGCUCCGGAUGAUGAGGUCGUCAAACAGUUACCUAGUAACGUUGAAGAGACUGGGAUUGAACAGACCAAUGAUGCAGAAAGGUCCCUGGCUCACGCCAGAUUCGAGCAUAGCCUAGGAUUCUGGAAGGCGUGUCAGUUCUACCGUCCAGCCCUGUUCUGGUCUUGCUUCGUCAACCUAGCAGUCAUUCUGUGUGGCUUUGAUGGCGCCUUGAUUGGGAGUCUGGUGGGGUUGACCCCAUUUGUUCGCACAUAUGGCAGAUGGGUGGACGGGCAAUAUGCGGUUGCUCCCUCUUGGCUAUCUGCCUUCAAUUAUGCGUCAUACGUGGGCAGUGUGCCUGGCUCGCUGGUGGCAGGCAUCGCCUACGACAAGUAUGGUCCGCGCAUGACCCUCGCUGCGGCUUCGAUCGGCUCGAUCGGGUCCAUCUUCUUUCAAUUCUUUAGUGAAGGCCCAGCUCUUCUCUUCGUUGGCGAGCUACUUAACGGAUUCAUCACAGGUGUCUACCCUGUCCUCGCCAAUGCUUAUGUUAGUGAAGUUGCACCUGUUGCUGCUCGCGGUGUCCUUGCUGCCGUCAUAAACCUGUCCUAUGUCAUUGGUCAACUAGUGGCAUCAGGACUGCUCAAGGGCACCAGUACGAUGGAUAGCAAGUGGGCCUAUAAGAUCCCAUUCGCCUCACAAUGGGCUCUACCUGUCUUCAUCCUUUCGCUCAUAUACUUCUGCCCAACUCCUCCAUACUGGCUCUGCAAGAAAGGCCGACCAGAGCAAGCGCGGAAAUCCAUUCAGCGUCUGACGACAUCCGCAGUUGAUGUGGACGCGUACCUCGCUCACAUCCAAGAGACACUCCGCUUAGAGGAAAGCUCUAGGACCAAGGCCAGCAUUACCGACUGCUUUCGCGGUACAAACCUACGGCGCACUAUUAUCUCCUGUCAGGCUUUCAACAUCCAAGCCCUCUGUGGUAAUAUCUUAUUCAUAAACUAUGCCGUUUACUUCUUUGAAAUUGCUGGUCUAGAUACGUCGGACGCUUUCUCAAUGAACGUGGGCCUGACAUGCAUGGGCUUCGUUGGGACGCUAGCCUCCUACAUUCUCAUCUCAUACGCCGGUCGGCGUACCAUCUAUCUGUGGGGCUCUACCGUGAUCGCCUUGCUACUCCUUCUCGUCGGGAUUUUGGCUGCAGUGCCCCAACACAAUUCAGGGCCUGCAUGGGCCAUGUCCGCCCUCAUGGUGAUAUGCAACCUCAUCUACGACAUGUCGGUGGGACCAUUGUGCUUCACCGUCAUGUCCGAGGUUUCUGCCGUUAACCUGAGAGGUGUCACUAUAGCCCUGUCCAAUGUCACUGUUGUGGUAUGGUCUGUCAUAUUUGCUGUCGCCAUUCCCUAUGCACUGGACACUACCGGCUCCAACUGGGGCGGCAAACUGGGAUUCCUAUUUGCUGGCAUCGGUGUCUUGGACACACUUUGGUGUUACUUCUUUCUGCCAGAGACUAAAGGCCGAACGUUUGAGGAGCUGGAUUUCAUGUUUCAGCAGAAGCUACCCACGCGUCAAUUUGGCAAGAAAUGUGUGGUUGUCGUAAACUGA